CUUCUAUUUUCAGGUUUUCUGCUGGAAAAGUGAUGGGCCGGCCCUAAUCCGAUGGAUGAUACGCCGUUUUACCAAUUCUUGCCAGAAUGGUAACUUAUUAUUAGUGGCCAACGACAUUAGAAUAUUUGCUGAAAAGAAUCGAGUCUCAUUCCUCAACAUUUCCCCAAGCAAAAAAUUCGUCAAAGACACGCUAGACACUCAUUCGCUCAGAUUUGGAGCACCGGCACCAAUUAUUUUGAGUUGGUUCAUCUACCGAGCACUCCUCGUGGACAGUCUGUCGUUAAUGCAAAUAUCUGAUUUCUCAAUGCACCCGAUUUCGUGCUGGAAAUCUAUUGCUCUUGCUGGAAGUCACGAUAACACUACAGAUGUGACAUUUUUCCUAGACUCAAAUUUGUGCACUUGUGAACGAACGGAUGCAAUUGUCAUCGUUUUGUCCAAUCCGCAUUUUCGCCGGAUCUUGACGGAACGCAAUACAACUUAUCCAAAAAAGGUUGUUACCAUUCCUGCGAGUACCAAGUUAGUAGGAACUGCUUGUGAUGAGCGAUUCUGCUAUGUGAUGACGUUCGACAGGGCUAUCUCAUGUGUCCAAGGCUUGCCGAUGAAUGCUAAAGCGUCGUAAACUGCAAAUGUUCGAUAAUUAAUACUACACGUUCCCGCAGCCGUGGAUCUUCAUGAAACUAGUACUCAAGAACUGAUGCGAAAGGAGGAACAAGCGCGAAAUAACCUUGGUUUUUGCUCAUCACCUUGCUUUUCAUCGCAAUUCCAGUUCUAUGUAUGUAACGUGUAUUAGACAUUUAGUCAUGUCUAUUCUUCUUUCUCAUAAGAAAAUUUCAGAUGAAAUAAUUUUUGAAUACGAUUUAGUAUAAGGCAAUAUGUUGAUUUUCCAUCGGUCAUUGUAUGCUUAAUCAUUUACUUUGGCGUUGUUCAUAAAGUGUAUGAGUCGAAA